AUGGCAGGGAACAAUAGGAACGAGCGUACUCCGUUGCUUGAUGGUGAUGCGCCUGCAGCCAAUCGCGCCGACUCAACAGAGCCGACAGGCAGCCGUAUCAAGCGCUUCUUGCAACGCAAUGGCGUCUACCUGAUUAUCAUACUUCUGCUCUUACUGGUCCUUAUCCCACUGAUUAUCCAGAGCGUUCGUCAAGGAUCUGAGCACCAUGACCACGGCUCCCAUGAUCAUGAUCACGAUCAUGAGAAGAAACCUUCGAACCCACCAUCCAACGACACCGAGCUCUGUACAUCUGCCGCAUGUGUGCUCGCAUCUGCGAACAUUAUUCGUAGUCUUGCACCAAAGUAA